AAACCAACAACACGUUAAAUAUAGGCUUCAUACAUAGUUCUAAAACAAAUUUUCGAUAAUAUCCGCGUUGUGUGUGCUAAAAAUAAAAAAUAGUCAAUCAACAUUAAUAAAAAUUGUAUAAUUCAUUAGAGAAGUGUAUUAAAGAGAUAGUUAUUGAAAUAUAACGUAAAACGGAAGAACAAAGUAGCUACAUUUGAACGCCUCGUGUUCGUCAUCGGAGGAACAUUUUUGAUAUUUUAUAUCAGAAAAAGAAUCACAAUUGAAAACAUUUAAAUAAAGUGAAUUUUAUUUAUAUUACUAAAUACUAUAAUUGUGGAAAUUUUGUGUUUAGAAGUUAAAAUAAAAUUUCGGAAUUGCAGAAAGAAACGCAGAAAAUUAAACAUUUUGAAAACUACAUAUUUCAAGAGAACGAAAAAGCUACAGCACUUUGUUAUAUCUGAUUUGUGAAAUAAUUGUAAAAUAUUUCUUUUUACGUUGUCUUGCGAUAGGACUGUCAGUGCUAAUCCAUUUGCUAACGAAGAAUAAUAAUUUGACAUAUUGUGGUUCACUACACGUUAGCGGAGGAUACCCCUUGAAUUAGCCUUUGUGUACUUUUCGAAUUCGUCGUCUAAAUUUUUGGCAGCAAUAUUGCUGGAGUAACAAAGUUUUGCAAGAUUGUGUACCAUGGCAGACGUUACUGACGCCAGUGGUGUUUUCGACCUAGAGCUGCAUGAGGAGGAAAACCCUCGAGAUUCAGACGAUGACAGGAUCGAGUUGGAUGAUGUCGAUUUAGAACCCGAAUUAAGUAUAAACAAUAUCCAAGAAGAAGUUGAAGGACAGGAAACUAUACAGUUGUCAGAGGAAACUGUAAAUCCCGGUAAAAUAAAGCUAGGUCCCAAAGAUUUUGAGCUAAAGAAGGUACUAGGUAAAGGUGGUUACGGCAAAGUUUUUCAGGUGCGUAAAACUGCGGGCAGAGACGCCAACAAAUACUUCGCCAUGAAAGUUCUUAAAAAAGCCUCAAUAGUCACAAAUCAAAAAGAUACAGCGCAUACUAGAGCUGAAAGAAAUAUAUUAGAAGCUGUAAAGCAUCCAUUCAUCGUUGAGCUUGUAUAUGCGUUCCAAACUGAUGGAAAGUUAUAUUUAAUUUUGGAAUAUUUAAGUGGUGGUGAAUUAUUUAUGCAUUUAGAGCGAGAAGGCAUAUUUUUGGAGGAUACAACAUGCUUUUAUCUAAGUGAAAUUAUACUAGCUUUGGGACAUUUACACAAAUUGGGCAUUAUUUAUCGCGAUUUGAAGCCAGAAAACAUCCUCUUGGACGCACAAGGACACGUAAAAUUAACUGAUUUCGGUUUGUGUAAAGAGCACAUUCAAGAAGGUAUCGUUACGCACACGUUUUGUGGCACAAUAGAGUACAUGGCACCUGAAAUCCUAACUCGUAAUGGCCACGGAAAAGCAGUUGAUUGGUGGUCGUUGGGUGCAUUAAUGUUCGAUAUGUUAACAGGCAUGCCACCAUUUACUGCUGAAAACAGAAAGAAAACCAUCGAAACGAUUUUAAAAGCUAAACUAGUUCUACCUGCCUACCUCACGCCCGAAGCUAGAGAUUUAGUGCGUCGUUUGAUGAAACGCCAAGUGCCACAAAGACUGGGUAGUGGUCCGGAAGAUGCGGCCGCUGUACAGUCACAUCCAUUCUUUAAACAUGUUAAUUGGGAUGAUGUAUUGGCCCGGCGGCUGGAGCCACCAAUCAAACCCAUAUUGCGAAGUGAGGAUGAUGUGUCUCAAUUCGAUACAAGAUUUACAAGACAAAUACCAGUUGACUCUCCAGAUGAUACAACGCUUAGCGAGAGUGCAAACUUAAUAUUUCAAGGUUUCACAUACGUAGCACCUUCAAUUUUAGAGGACAUGCAACGCGCGAAUCGCAUGCCAGCACGAUCACCAAGACGUACACCAAGACAGCAUCACGAAGGAUCAUACCGCAUGCAAUUUCCACCACAACGCGGCAUUUAUCCACGAGCCACGCCACCACAUUUACAAGCUUUUCCGCCACGCCCAUCGCCCCAAGACGAAAUGAUGGAUGUACAGGGUGUGCCUAUUGUGUAGUUAAAGGCGGACGGCAACUGCAAACCCACAUUGGCAACAGCCAGUGCAAGAGCAAAAACAAACACGCGGCCGAGGAAUAUUAAUGAUGGUGGUAGUAGUGCGAAGGAGAAUUAAAUGAAUCACUAUAAGCAGAGAAAAUUGAAACUGAUUAUGAAACUACAAACAAACAAACAGCAGCAAACAAUUUUUUUUAUAAAACUAUAGAAAUAUGUUGCUUAAGAUUAUUUAUACAAAUACAACUACAAACGUUGAUGAAACUCAAAAGUAACAAUGUAUAAUAACGAGAUGUAACGAAGAUCUUUUGGAAUCAAAAUGAUUAAGCCCAGAAACCUAAACACGUAAAAACGAGUAAAACAAUGAAAACCAAUACCAACAAGUAAACUGAACGAGAGAUGUCGACACAGAAGUAUUGUCGGCUGUCGGCUUAGCAGUUUAAUUUCAUUUGUGCGCGUAUACAACAAAUAGUUAAUAGAUUUAGUAUAAAAAAGAAAAAAGUGAGAACAACAGCGAUUAAGGCUAAUAUUAUGAAAUCUAAUUAUUAAAUACAUAUAUAAAUAGAUAUAACUCAAUUGCAACAGAAACGAAAAUAUGCAAGUAAUUGAAAAGAAUUAGCUCGUACCAUAAAAGAAUGAUUGUAACGAAUAAGAAAAACAUACAUACAUAUAGUCAAACUUUCGUGCAACGCCUAAUUUGUCGCCGCAUCGCUCGUUGUUGCCUACCGGGAUGCGGUUUUGCGCUUUUUAGCAAUUCCGCCCAUGUAAUCAUGUAUCGCUUUUUAUUAUUGCAUAUUAUUAAGACAUGUAAAUACACAAAUAUUUCAAACAAAAUGAGAUAGCCAACUCUUCUGUCAACUCCAAUGCUAUCAGUUAUAUUGUUGCUGGUACUAGAGGACAAAAACCACAUACAUAUAUACAAUUAGGGGGCAACAACCAACAAAGAUAGUGGUUGGUUAUUGUUGUAGUGAUGAAAAUAGGCGUACAAUUUAUGUUCAGUCCCCUUUACUUAGUUCAAUUUAGUUUAUAUAAAUGUAUAUUGAAAAGGAAUGUAAACCGUUAGUCAACAUAAUAAUAAACUAUUGUUAUAAUAAUGAAAUCUAUGUGGGAAUUUAAGCUUGCAAUAUGUGCACAUGCUACUAAUUCAGAUAUGAAAGUGCCACAAAUGUAAAAAAUUAUAAUAAAAACUUAAAUAUUUAAGUAAAUAAUUGAACACUAUUGAGUUUGUCACACUGUGGUCGUCAUGGAAACUUAUAGCAAAAACAAAAAUAAAACGACACGGUGUAUGUGCAUACAUAAAUGGUCGCUCUUAACCGAAGUGACCGGUAUUUAA